AUGGGAUUGGCCACAGAUGUCACGUCAACUAUUGUGAUAGGAACUGCAUCAUCAACAUACCAACGAGUCUGGUAUAACAAAUAUGCCCGUAUAACAAAUGUACCAGCGAAAGUGAGUGCAUUGGAUUACGAGUCGGACUCGGAGCGAGCAGGUGGGUGGGGGAAGAUGAAGGAGGACGCUGUAGGGAUGAAUGAGUCCAUGCCUGAGGGAAACAUGGAAUCCUUGGCGACAAACAUCCGUCUCGUUACACUAAACUGCCUGUCGCUGUCAAGUGAACUCCAGCAAGCCGCUCUAUCCAGACUUCUGAAUGCUGCGUUGCAGAAAACACGCAUCAAGGAUCGCGCUCUCAUCAGCAUCGACAAUUACACCAUCUACUGCCGCGAUGCUGAUGAAAGGAAAGUCGGAGGCUGUGCAAUAGCUGUUAGGAACGAUUACAACAACCUGGUGGAGGAGUUUGGAUUAACAUCGUCAAGAUGUGCCUUGUACGACUGCAGGAUCGCAGUGAACUCAAACUCUGGAUCCAAAGAGAACCGUCUGAGAAAGAGGUUGUGUCGUCAGCUGAAACGUGAUCGUGAAAACGAAUGGACGUCAAAAACGAAGGAGUUUGAGAAGGAGUGGGAGGACAAGAACCCCUGA